GAGGAAGCCCUGAUGGCCGAGCUCUCGGAGCGGGUGCAGGAGGUGGUGAAGAGCAGCAGCUGGUGGGACCGCCACGGCGUGGACAUCAGCAUCCUCGCCUGCAGCUUCCUCCUGCUCCCGGCAGGGUUCCUGUGCCUGCGGUCAGCCCAAGCCAUCCCUUUCCUGGCGGGUGUCCUCACCCUCGGCGUGGUGUAUCACACCCUGGCUGUGAAGGGCAGCCACCUGGCCAGCCACAACGCCUUGACCGAGUCCAAGUCCUGGGGCAAAAUGUGGGCCAUCUUCUUCAUUGAGUUCUGUUCAGCUUUCACAGUUGAGCAGGCCACCUACAACCAUGUGAAGAUCCACCACGGCUACACCAAUGUCAUCGGCCUGGGAGACUCCAGCACCUGGAAGGUUCCUUUCCUGAACCGUUACGUCUACAUGUUUAUCGCGCCUCUUGCCGUGCCCAUCAUAACGCCUCUGGUUGCUCUCAAUUUGUUGAGGAACGUGGAGUGGAAGGCGGCUCUCCGGACCCUGUGCUGCAUGUUCCUGGGUCUUUACUGCCAUUACUGGCUGCUGCUCCACAUCUCGGGCUUCCAGUCACCGUGGUCUGCCCUGCUCUGCAUGCUGCUCACCCGCUCACUCCUGGCCCAUCCCUACAUCCACGUCAACAUAUUCCAGCACAUCGGCCUCCCCAUGUUCGCGGCCGAUCGGAAACUCAAGCGGAUCCACCUUAUGAGCCUGGGCGUCCUCAAUCUGCCCCGCAACGCCCUGCUCGACUGGUCCUUUGGCCACUCGCUCAUCAGCUGCCAUGUGGAGCAUCACCUCUUCCCCAGCCUCUCCGACAACAUGUGCCUGAAGAUCAAACCCGUCGUCUCCCAGUACCUGAAGGAGAAGAAGCUGCCGUACAAUGAGGACACCUACACCUCCAGGCUCCGGCUCUUCCUCCAGAGAUACGAGGAGCUGAUGGUCCACGCUCCCCCCAUAACAGAACUGGUGGGCAUCCAGUGA